GAGAGAGAGGCAUUCCUGGGAGGCCUUCGCUCUGACGAAGAGCCCGGCGCCUAAAAGCAGCCGCCUCCGCCGAGCCUCCGCCAAAGGAGCCUCGUCCCAGAGAAGAGCAGCAGCAGCAGCAGCAGCCCCGGAGCCAGGCCCUCAGGAUGAACAGCAACAGCUACUACGACCAGGCGCCCCCUCCGUCCCAGAGCUACUACUCGGGCGAGGAGGCUGAGGAGAUGCCGGCCACCGAGAAGGACCUGGCUGAGGAUGCUCCCUGGAAGAAGAUCCAGCAGAACACCUUCACCCGAUGGUGCAAUGAGCAUCUCAAGUGCGUCCACAAGCGCAUCGGGGACCUCCAGAAGGACCUGAGCGAUGGGCUCAAGCUCAUUGCCCUCCUGGAGGUCCUCAGCCAGAAGAAGAUGUACCGCAAGUACCACGCCAGGCCCAACUUCCGGCAGAUGAAGCUGGAGAACGUCUCGGUGGCCCUUGAGUUCCUCGACCGGGAGCACAUCAAGCUGGUCUCCAUUGACAGCAAGGCCAUUGUGGACGGCAACCUGAAGCUGAUCCUUGGCCUGAUAUGGACCCUGAUCCUCCACUACUCCAUCUCCAUGCCCAUGUGGGAAGACGAGGACGAAGAGGAUGCCAAGAAGCAGACGCCCAAGCAGCGCCUCCUGGGCUGGAUCCAGAACAAGGUCCCUCAGCUGCCCAUCACCAACUUCAACCGCGACUGGCAAGAUGGCAAAGCCUUGGGUGCCCUGGUGGAUAACUGUGCUCCAGGAUUGUGCCCAGACUGGGAGACAUGGGACCCCAACCAGCCGGUGGAAAAUGCCCGGGAAGCCAUGCAACAGGCAGAUGACUGGCUGGGGGUGCCACAGGUGAUUGCUCCAGAAGAGAUUGUGGAUCCCAAUGUGGAUGAGCACUCGGUCAUGACCUACCUGUCCCAGUUCCCCAAAGCCAAGCUUAAACCUGGAGCACCCUUGCGGUCCAAGCAGCUCAACCCCAAGAAAGCCAAAGCCUAUGGCCCAGGUAUUGAGCCACAUGGGAACACAGUGCUGAAACCAGCCCAUUUUACAGUGGAAACCAUCGAGGCAGGAUUGGGAGAAGUGCUGGUAUAUAUUGAAGAUCCAGAAGGACACACAGAAGAGGCCAAAGUGGUUGCUAAUAAUGACAAGAAUCGGACGUAUUCGGUCUCCUAUGUGCCUAAAGUCGCUGGCUUGCAUAAGGUCACAGUACUCUUUGCUGGUCAAAAUAUCGACAAGAGUCCCUUUGAGGUCAACGUGGGCAUGGCCCUGGGAGAUGCCAACAAGGUGACUGCCCAUGGCCCAGGCCUGGAACCUGUAGGGAAUGUGGCCAACAAGCCCACCUACUUCGACAUCUACACAGCAGGGGCAGGAGCUGGCGACGUGGGCGUCGUGAUUGUGGACCCGCAGGGUCGACGUGACACCGUGGAAGUGGUCCUGGAGGACAAAGGCGACAACAUCUUCCGGUGCACUUACCGCCCAGUCUUGGAGGGUCCACACACAAUUUAUGUCACCUUUGCUGGAGCACAGAUUCCCAAAAGCCCCUUCACAGUCAAUGUGGCAGAAGCGCCACCUUCCCCACCUCUGCCUGGCGUCACCCCCAUUCAGAUAAUUCCUCAAUCCGUUCGCACCCCACCCGCUGACAAAGCCAAGAAAAUCCCACCCCCCACUCUGCCCAAGCCACGCAAACCAAGGGAUGUGAGCAUUGGCAUAAAGUGUGCGCCAGGCGUGGUAGGGCCAGUGGAGGCUGACAUUGAUUUUGACAUCAUCAAGAACGACAACGACACUUUCACAGUGAAAUACACUCCACCUGGCCCUGGACGGUACACCAUCAUGGUGCUCUUUGCCAACCAGGAGAUCCCCAUUAGCCCUUUCCACAUCAAGGUGGAUCCUUCUCACGAUGCCAGCAAAGUAAAGGCUGAGGGGCCAGGACUCAACCGGACAGGUGUGGAAGUUGGCAAGCCCACCCAUUUCACUGUCUUCACCAAGGGGGCUGGCAAAGCCAAGCUGGACGUCCACUUUGCUGGAGCAACCAAGGGUGAGGUUGUGCGUGACUUUGAGAUCAUUGACAACCAUGACUACUCAUACACCGUCAAGUACACGGCUGUGCAACAGGGUAAUAUGGCCGUGACAGUGACGUAUGGAGGUGACCCCAUUCCGAAGAGUCCCUUCCCUGUGAAUGUGGCUCCACCACUUGACCUCAGCAAGGUCAAAGUGCAAGGACUCAACAACAAGGUGGAUGUGGGUCGCGAUCAAGAAUUUACCAUCAACACCAAGGGUGCAGGGGGUCAAGGGCAGGUGGAUGUGAAGAUCAGCUCUCCCUCCCGCCGCCCCAUCCCCUGCAAAGUGGAGACGGGCACCAGCAAUGACCUCCACUCCGUGAAGUACAUGCCACCUGAGGAGGGACCCUACAAAGUGGACAUCACUUAUGAUGGGCACCCUGUCCCGGGCAGCCCCUUCACGGUUGACGCCGUCAUGCCUCCAGACCCAUCCAAGGUCUGUGCCUAUGGUCCAGGACUGAAGGGAGGCUUUGUGGGCAAGCCUGCACCUUUCACCAUUGACACCAAAGGGGCUGGCACUGGUGGCCUAGGUUUGACUGUGGAGGGACCCUGUGAAGCCAAGAUCGAGUGCCAGGACAAUGGAGAUGGCUCAUGCUCCGUCUCCUAUCUGCCCACCGAGCCUGGGGAGUACGCCAUCAACAUCCUCUUUGCUGAAGCUCACAUCCCUGGUUCCCCCUUCAAGGCAGACAUCAAGCCUGUCUUUGACCCUUCCAAGGUGACAGCCAGUGGACCUGGGCUGGAGCAUGGCAAGGUGGGCGAGGUGGCCACUUUCAUGGUGGACUGCUCCAAAGCAGGUGACGCCGAGCUCACCAUUGAGAUCAUCUCGGAUUCGGGGGUCAAGGCCGAGGUGCUCAUCCAGAACAAUAGCGAUGGGACCUACAGCAUCACCUACAUCCCCUCCUUCCCCGGCACCUAUACCAUCACCAUUAAAUAUGGAGGACACGCUGUGCCCAAGUUCCCUGCACGGGUCAAUGUGGAUCCGGCCGUGGACACCAGCAAUGUCAAGGUCUUUGGACCUGGAGUAGAACCACGGGGUGUUCUGCGUGAGGUCACCACUGAGUUCACGGUGGAUGCUCGCUCUCUGACCAAGACGGGUGGCAACCACAUCAAGGUGCGUGUCAUCAAUCCCUCGGGCGCCAAGACGGACACAUACAUCACUGACAACGGGGACGGCACCUACCGUGUCCAGUACACACCCUUUGAGGACGGCAUGCAUCUGGUGGAAGUGACGUACGAUGAUGUGCCUGUGCCCAAGAGCCCCUUCCGGGUGGGUGUCACAGAAGGGUGCGACCCCAGCCGCGUCCGUGCUUAUGGCCCAGGACUCGAGGGAGGGCUGGUGAACAAAUCGAACCGCUUCACUGUGGAAACCAGGGGAGCAGGGACUGGUGGUCUUGGCCUGGCGAUCGAAGGACCAUCUGAAGCCAAAAUGUCAUGCAAGGAUAACAAAGAUGGCAGCUGCAGUGUGGAGUACAUCCCUUUCACGCCCGGAGACUAUGACGUCAAUAUCACCUUUGGGGGACGCCCCAUCCCUGGGAGCCCUUUCCGCGUUCCUGUCAAGGAUGUGGUGGAUCCCAGCAAGGUCAAGUGUUCAGGCCCCGGACUGGGGGCCGGUGUAAGAGCCCGCGUCCCCCAGACCUUCACUGUGGACUGCAGCAAGGCUGGCUUGGCCCCCCUGGAGGUGAAGGUCUUGGGACCCACAGGGGUUGCUGAGCCAGUGGAGGUCCGCGAUAAUGGUGACGGCACUCACAUGGUGAACUACACACCAGCCACGGACGGCCCGUACACUGUCUCCGUCAAGUACGCCGGGCAAGAAGUGCCCCGCAGUCCAUUUAAGAUCAAAGUCCUUCCAGCCCAUGACGCCAGCAAAGUGCGAGCCAGCGGGCCCGGCCUCAAUGCUUCUGGCAUUCCUGCCAGCCUUCCCGUUGAGUUCACCAUCGAUGCCCGUGAUGCCGGGGAGGGCUUGCUCACUGUGCAGAUCCUGGAUCCAGAAGGCAAACCCAAGAAAGCCAAUAUUCGGGACAAUGGAGAUGGGACCUACACUGUGUCCUACGUUCCAGAUAUGACAGGACGCUACACCAUCACCAUCAAGUAUGGCGGUGACGAAAUCCCCUACUCGCCCUUCCGCAUCCAUGCGUUGCCCGCUGGGGAUGCCAGCAAGUGCCUUGUCACAGUGUCCAUCGGAGGCCAUGGAUUGGGGACUUGCCUGGGUCCCACCAUCCAGAUUGGAGAAGAGACAGUGAUCACGGUAGAUGCCAAGGCCGCUGGGAAAGGCAAGGUGACCUGCAAGGUUUCUACACCGGACGGAGCCGAACUGGACGUUGACGUGGUGGAGAACCAUGAUGGCACCUUCGACAUCUAUUACACUGCCCCAGAGCCGGGGAAAUACAUCAUCACCAUCCGGUUUGGGGGUGAACAGAUCCCCAACAGCCCCUUCCAUGUUGUGGCUACGGAUGAGCCGGUCGCCCCUCCGGAGAGCGUGGAUUCCAUGCUGCGCCCCUUCAACCUGGUCAUCCCCUUCGCCGUGCAGAAGGGGGAGAUCACAGGUGAGGUGAGAAUGCCUUCUGGCAAGACUGCCCGGCCUCAUAUCACCGACAAUAAGGAUGGCACCGUGACAGUGAAAUACAGCCCCGUAGAGAAGGGGCUGCACGAGAUGGAUAUCAAAUACGACGGGAACCACAUUCCAGGGAGCCCACUUCAGUUCUACGUGGAUGCCAUCAAUGCCCGCCAUGUGAGCGCUUAUGGACCGGGGCUCAGCCAUGGCAUGGUCAACAAACCAGCAACCUUCACCAUUGUCACCAAGGAUGCGGGAGAAGGAGGCCUGUCCUUGGCUGUGGAGGGUCCAUCCAAGGCUGAGAUCACCUGUAAGGACAACAAAGAUGGCACAUGCACCGUCUCUUACCUGCCCACGGCUCCUGGGGAUUACAACAUCAUUGUGCGCUUUGAUGACAAACACAUCCCUGGCAGCCCCUUCACCGCCAAGAUCACAGGUGAUGAUUCCAUGCGCACAUCCCAGCUCAACGUGGGCACCUCCACUGAUGUGUCUCUGAAAAUCACCGAGAGUGACCUGAGCCUCCUGACAGCCAGCAUCCGGGCACCAUCUGGGAAUGAAGAGCCAUGCUUGCUCAAGCGACUGCCAAACCGGCAUAUCGGGAUCUCCUUCACCCCCAAGGAGGUGGGAGAGCAUGUGGUCAGCGUGAAGAAGGCCGGCAAACAUGUCACCAACAGCCCCUUCAAGAUCAUGGUGGGACAGUCAGAGAUUGGUGAUGCCAGCAAGGUCAAGGUAUCUGGCAAGGGACUUGUAGAAGGACACACUUUUGAGGUGUCUGAAUUUAUCGUCGACACGCGCACUGCAGGCUAUGGUGGUCUCGGCCUCUCCAUCGAAGGUCCCAGCAAGGUGGACAUUAACUGCGAGGACAUGGAAGAUGGUACUUGCAAAGUAACUUACUGCCCCACAGAGCCUGGGAACUAUAUUAUCAACAUUAAGUUUGCUGACAAGCAUGUGCCAGGAAGCCCUUUCACUGUGAAGGUGACAGGUGAAGGACGCAUGAAAGAGAGCAUCACUCGCCGGCGUCAAGCACCAUCCAUUGCCACUAUCGGCAGCACCUGUGACCUGAACCUCAAGAUCCCAGGAAAUUGGUUCCAGAUGGUCUCCGCCCAGGAGCGGCUGACGCGUACCUUUACGCGCAGCAGCCACACGUACACACGCACCGAGCGGACCGAGAUCAGCAAGACGCGGGGCGGCGAGACCAAGCGCGAGGUGCGGGUGGAGGAGUCCACCCAAGUGGGCGGGGACCCCUUCCACAACGUCUUUGGCGACUUCCUGGGCCGCGAGAGCCUUGGCUCCUUCGGCAGCAUCGCCCGGACCCAGGAGGGUGAGGCAGGGUUACAAGCCAUGACUGCCCAGGUGACCAGUCCAUCAGGGAAGAUGGCAGAGGCGGAAAUCAUCGAGGGAGAGGACAGUGCCUACUCGGUGCGCUUUGUGCCACAGGAGAUGGGCCCCCACACUGUCAACGUCAAAUACCGUGGCCAGCAUGUGCCUGGAAGCCCCUUCCAGUUUACGGUGGGGCCACUGGGAGAAGGGGGUGCCCACAAGGUGCGAGCUGGAGGCCCUGGCUUGGACAGAGGUGUGGCAGGAGUGCCAGCUGAAUUCAGCAUAUGGACUCGGGAAGCAGGUGCUGGGGGCCUCUCCAUUGCAGUCGAGGGGCCGAGCAAGGCGGAGAUUGCCUUUGAAGACAGGAAAGAUGGCUCCUGCGGCGUCUCCUACAUCGUCCAGGAACCAGGUGACUAUGAAGUGUCUAUCAAAUUCAACGAUGAACACAUCCCUGACAGCCCGUUUGUGGUUCCUGUGGCAUCCCAUUCGGACGAUGCCCGACGCCUGACUGUCACAAGUCUCCAGGAGACCGGCUUGAAGGUGAACCAGCCUGCUUCUUUUGCAGUGCAGCUCAACGGAGCGCGUGGCGUGAUUGACGCCAAGGUCCACACGCCUUCUGGGUUGGUGGAAGAAUGUUAUGUCUCAGAACUGGACAGUGACAAAUAUGCUAUCCGUUUCAUCCCUCAUGAGAAUGGUGUCCACUCCAUCGAUGUCCGGUUCAACGGCAGACACGUCCCUGGCAGCCCCUUCAACAUCCGUGUUGGCGAGCAGAGCCAGGUGGGCGACCCAGGGCUGGUCACAGCCUACGGUCCUGGCCUGGAGGGAGGAACUACAGGUGUCUCUUCUGAGUUCUUUGUCAAGACGCGCAACGCAGGCUCCGGCGCCCUCUCCGUCACCAUCGACGGGCCCUCCAAGGUGCAGAUGGACUGCCAGGAGUGCCCCGAGGGCCACAAAGUCACCUACAUGCCCAUGGCACCGGGAAGCUACCUCAUCUCCAUCAAGUACGGAGGCCCACAACACAUUGUGGGCAGCCCCUUCAAGGCUAAGGUCACAGGACCUCGCCUGUCGGGGGGACACAGCCUCCAUGAGACGUCAACGGUGCUGGUUGAGACCGUCACCAAAGCCUCGUCAUCGGUGGGCGGCAGCUACAGCGCCCUUCCCAAAUUCUCAUCUGACGCCAGCAAAGUGGUGGCCCGGGGACCUGGGCUAACCAAGGCCUUCGUGGGCCAGAAGAACACCUUCACUGUGGACUGCAGCAAGGCUGGUACCAACAUGCUGAUGGUGGGUGUCCACGGCCCCAAGACGCCCUGCGACGAGGUCUACGUCAAACACAUGGGCAACCGCAUCUACAACGUCACAUACACCGUCAAGGAGAAAGGGGAUUACAUCCUCAUUGUCAAAUGGGGGGACGAAGGCGUGCCCGGCAGCCCCUACCAAGUCAACGUGCCCUAGAGGGGCCAGGCCCGGUGCCGCUCCCCCGUGGCCAUGCCCCACACUUCCACACCAAGGACUGGCAAUGCCAAACAUCUAGGAUGCCCUGGGGCAGGGCCAGCACAAUGACGAACCUUGGGACAAUUUGGGUUGCCUGUUUUGGACUUUGCCGUUCAACUCUUUUGCCUGGCUAAGGGCUUGGGAUGGGGCGGGGAGGGCAAGGUGUGCACCAUUUUAGCGCAAUAGCGACAUGGUGGAAGGGGUAGAGGAGAAGGGGAAACAAUAUCAGUAGGCAAGAAAGGUGGGAGCGAAGGACCUAGUUGUGGGUUGCCCCUUGGUAGUCAAAUUGAGGAAGGCCAGGUGGGGAGGGAAUGCCUCUUAGUACCAAUUUGCACAAUUCUUUGCUGCCAUGGGGUUGAGUCCUCAGCCUCCCAGUGUUGUUGGGUACUUUUGGAGUAGGAAGGUGAUUUUGAGCAAGAAGUGAUGGAGAUGUGGAGAGCGGAGUUUUUAGAGAGUUCCACCAGGACCAGCUGGAGAGGCAAACAGAGAGGUCAUCUGUGCCCCUUCUCUUGAGUUGGGAUUGGAUGUAAAAGGAUGGAAGGAUGGAGCAAACCAGUGUUGUUUGGAGCUCAUUGCUCCCAAAGGACAAUCACUGAAGAAAAGGACAGUCUAUUGAGGAUGACUCUCCUGCCCACGCUCUUGUUGACUCUCACAACUUCAUCAGGGUUUCCUUCUGCAAGAGCAUGCCCUGCCAGGCUGUGCCAAAAGGAAUCGGUUCAGAAAGCACAGUGGAAGUUGGCAUCAACACCAUCUGGUGCCCUUUUGGGAGUUUCUGGUGACCUCGGCCCCUUCCUUCUGCCCCACCUUACAAACCGGUUGGCUGUCGCUCUGACCGGGGGGCAGCUUGAACCAAAGAGUUUUCUUAUUUGUUUUUUGUUUUUUAGAAAAGGAAGAAAGGGAAAAAAAUAAUAUUAAAAAAAUGAUUGGGGAAGGAGGGAAAGGGGAUAAGAAUCCUGUGCGGGUAGGAUGUUUUUUGGGUUGGGGGAGGGAUUUUUUAGCCAUGAGUUUGGGGUUGCGUGUGUGUCCUACCGGGCUGGAAUGGCACCUCCACUAGCAGAUGGCGGUUGGGUUGGAGCAAGGGAGCUGUGCCCAGCCAAACCUGCCCACCAGCAAUAAAGACGACUUGCUUUUAAAA